AUGGCGGUCGGCGAGUUUUUCUUCACUCCUUUGGUUCUUUUACUCGUUCCAAAAUACUGCCACGAUGAGUUCUUUAUCAAGUUCAACUUCUUCGACGGUAUGUAAAAUAGCAUACUAAAAGUUCAAGAUUGAGUUUCUUUUCUGAAUAGGGCUGAAUUUGUUUUUCCUGCUUUUACCCUUGGGCAAUUUUGAUCAAUUCUGAAAUGGGACAACUUUUGAUCUUUGAUUCCAUGGAUUAAUAUUAAUAUUUGUUUAUAUAUUACCUAUUUUUGUAAUGUUUCAGUUCCUUGUUUAAAGAUCGCGCUGAGCAAAACGUUGGGUUAUGGAAUCGUAGCUGGUUCUUCAAUAAGUAAGGGUAUUGUGUAUUAAAAUUGACAGAAUUUUGUAACUUUUUUAAAUGACUUAAUAUUUUCGUAAACUACUUAUUAAGUUUUUUUUAUCCAUGUGUAAAUUCGAGUGAAUUCUGAUAUUUAAAUUAUUUCUUACCUUAGUAUUCUAGUUUUUUUUUAGGGUUUUUUUAAAUUUUAGUAGUUUCAUGGGGCCAUAAGGGAGAGUACAGUUGGUCUGUAAUUAUGCAUCCAAUUGAAAUUAAAGUGUUCAUUGUAAUUGAUUUAUUAAGGUUACCAGUAUAUAACACAAUUUUUCAAACCGGUUAAAUAGAAAAAUAAGUGUCUUUAACAUUUUUUUCACUAUAUAUGUACACCCCCUCAAUGUUAUUUGGUGAAGUUUCAUUUUUGUGUCUGUACCCCUUAAAAGAUGGCAAGUUUUUACAAAGUGGUCAUUGGCUUGGCAUUUAAUUUUCCCUCCAAGACCUUGACGCCGGCAAAAGUUAGAUGUUUUGGGUCGACUUCCAGCUGUACUUACUAGGAUGGAAUGAGGGAGUGGUGGCAGAGGGCAAGGGUGCAAAAAUAAAAUGCAGUUGAUCCAGAUAAGAUCACCCGCCCUGUGACUGCGUUUUAUCAUUUAUAUGAUCAUUUAUGGGUAACUGGGUCUAGCAAAUUGCCUAGAAAUGAUGAUGGAGAUAUCUGCUAAAAUUGACAGUGAAAUUCUGUCAACAUGAAUAGAGUUUGCCAUCUUUUUUAUACAAUUCUAUACCCCAGGGCCCAGUUCCUGAAUGGCCGAUUAGCACUAAUCCAGGAUUAAACUUUUGUUACACUUUACGUAUUUAAAUUGAGGCCUUCCAAGGGGGGUAGCUGUGUCGCAAUGUCGCUUGCUUUAGGAGACCGUUGUCGCCUAAUCUACAGCUGCAAAUGUCGCUGUCGUUUUUUGAAGUGUACGUAACUGUACCAGUCAUUUUUGUUUUGCGAGAAACUGUUUCGCAACAGGGCUAUAACAGGAUUUUCAUGGUGGUCAGUUGGCAAAACUUUGUGAGCGGCGAAGGAUGAACGCUUCUUCUUCUUCUUUUUAAGGGUAGGCUCCAGCGAAAAAAUUUGGAAAAUCUGAACCCUCAGAAAUGCAAUUUCCUGUAUUCUGAGUCACUUUUACUGAUAAAAUGCACAACUUUCCAAUGUCACCGUCGUUUUUCACUGUUUAGUAUGUCGCUGUCGCAUUUUAGCAGCGUAGGCAUGUCACUUCUCGCUUUUUAAAAAUUCCCAUGUCGCCAGUUUUCAGGGCCGUGUCGCAUGUCGCUUUUACCCCUUGGAAGGCCUCUAAAUUCCUAUGCAUUGCUUAGAGUAACAUUUUGUGUUAUCAUUACAGAAUCUCAAAGUUAAGGCUCAACAGUAUUUUGUAAGCUUGAGUUACAUGUACUGAGACAAGAAAACCUUGCUUAAAAUCUUGCUUAAUCCUGGGUUAAACUUAAUCAUCUUUCGAGGAACUGGGCCCUGGUGAAAGAGAUGUCUCUUUUGGUACAUUCCUUUGAAAUGGUGUUGUCAGUGACUGUCUAACAGCGUGCUUUGUUAUUACAUGUAACAGUCAAAAUCCCUCAAAUAAUCAAGGUGAUUCAAGCAUCAAGUGUGGAGGGUCUUAGCUUGCUCUCAUUUCUUCUUGAACUUGUUGCAUUAACUGCUACUGCAUCUUACAGUAUUGCCAAAGAAUUCCCAUUCAGGUAUUUAAUAUUGAUUUAUAAUGCAAUAUUUUGUGUUCUUGGAUGAGGGUCAUUGUAAAAGUGAUCACUUGAGUGUCUUUAGAAAAUGUUUCAUUAAUUUGAAAUGUCCCACCAUAGGAUCUCAUACACAGACUCAAAAAUAAUUUAGAAACACAGUAGAUCUAGUGAAAGUACUUAUGAUGAGGUUUCAUGUGAAUAUUCCACCAAUGGAUCUUAUCCACAGACUCAAAACUUAGAACUACAUACUGUCCCUUUGAUGAUAGAGUCGGUUUCUCCAUUCAAACCUGCUGGCUACUUCAAUUUUUAUUGAAACCCCUGGUAUAUUGUUUUCUAAGUACUAAAUUCACACCUUUUAAGUUUUGCAUUUUUCUGUUUCAGUUCCUGUGGUGAGAGUUUCUUCAUGUCCAUUCAGACUGUGCUUCUUAUCUGCCUUUAUUUUUAUUACACCAACAAAGCCUUGCUUGUUCUCCUGUUCCCAGUACUGUAUGGUGGCAUCUUUUAUGUUCUAGUAUCUGGCCUGACACCCAUGGCUGUCUUGGUCCAACUCGUUUCACUUCAAAUUGUCUUUCUAGGAGUAAGCAGGGUAAGUGCAAUGUCAACACAACAAUUUGUGUAUGUGACAAUAAAACUAAUAGCCAAGGAAAGCAGCCAUCUGUAGUGUGAUUACAUGCGUGUCCAACAAAAGGCCUUUUGCAAUUGUUGGUCAUGUGACAUCCUCGGAGACCCAGGCGCAGAUAGUGGGGGCGAGGGAAAGUCUAAACGGGUGGAAAAAUAAGGUACAAAGAAAAGUAAAGAACGGCAAGAAGAGCCCCUGGGGACAAUGUCUUACCAGACCAGUUCCAAACCGGUCGCUGCCGUUCUGGCUUCUGAUUGGUGCCAGAAAAACACAAGUUUUACAUGUGAUCAACUUUCUGUAAACACAUAAACAGUUCGCUUUUGGAAAAUUUUGUUAGCAUGAACUGAAAAAGCACAUUGAAAUAAGGUAACCUGUAAAUUUUCAACCGUAUAUCUCAAAAGAAACGAAUUGCAGUGACCGCUGAAAAUUAGAAGGAUUUAUGUGGGAAAAAAACUCUUGCCACCCAGUCACACACAGUUGAAUGGUUUUCCGUUCAAAUCCUUGUAAAUUUCAUUAUUGUCAAACUAUUGGAAAAUAACUCCGUAAGCAUUAUGAGGCUCAAAUGCUCUUUUGUUUUCAUAACAAACAAUUUGAACCCUUAAAACCAUGAGGAAAAGAUUUAAGGACAGUUUGAAAAGUUCAAAAUUUACAAGAACUUCUUUCACUGUCACUCUGUGAUCAUGAGAUCAGGUCCUCUUUGAAGAGUCCUGGCUUUUUGCACAAUGCACAGUGAGUAAACUGUAGCACUGUUGUUUUAACCUUAAAGUUUUGGCAGAGGUCACAACCAGUCUCCUCUACUAACUGUGAUUACAUGAAGGCUGUGCUCCAACGGAUCCCGGUGGCCCCUGUCAUCUAGCUUUUGCUCCUUAGCAACAAAAAAUUAAUACCGUAAAUCCUCUGUUAUGUCCUAGGUAGUUAAUAAGCUGCCCCCCUCCCCUUCCCCUUAUUAUUCUUCUUUAACAAAAUAAUGAUAGACUGUUUUCACCAAUCACAACUGUAAAACUUUGUGUGGACUGAUCCAGGAUGGGUUAUUCACCAACUGGAAACUCUGAUUUGUAUCCUCGGCUGCAUGACCUCCAACUUCUUGUACUUGAGCUUUUCCACUUUGUAUUAUAGUUCUUUAUGGAGAACUGAUAUCAUCGUCUUUGCUAAAUUAAAUACCCACCUAUAGCUCUUGCAGAUAGUUGCAAACUUCCGCAAUGGUCACACUGGGCAGUUAUCAUUCAUCAUGGUGCUGCUGCUGUUUCUAGGAGCCAUGGCACGCAUCUUCACAACCAUACAGGAGACAGGCGACAAAGUUAUGCUGUUGACCUUUCUCGUCUCCACAGUCCUGAAUGGCACUCUUGUAUUCCAAGUUCUAUUCUACUGGAAUGUCAAGCCAGACUCGAAGAAAAAGCAAGCUUAGUUAUUUAUUCUUAGAUAACUUUCAUUUACUCUGGAGAAGCCUUUUUUUUGUUCAAAUUCACAAAUGGGACUUUGAAUUUUUCUAGUCAUUAUUUCAAUAAUUUUUGAUGUUUGAAUUUGAGAACUGAUAACACGCGAAAACCACCCAAUGUAGAAUCUUUUGAAAAAAUUAAUGUCAGGUGAUCCAAGACAGUCUUGAAUUCUGGAUUCCAGUUACGGGAUUCGGUACUCUUUGAGGGUGGAACUUGGAUUCCGAAUUCCAAUUGUAAGUGGCAUUGUGAAUUCCUUGAAUUGGAUUUUUGGAGUUCAAAGCCCAGGAUUCCAGAUUCCACAAGCAAAAAAUUUCCCGGAUUCUGGCCACUGGAUAACCUUUCAUGGGGUGGAAAAUGGCUUUAGUAAUUGCAAACAACAAUACUUUUUUGGCAGGAGGGGGAUUGGUGUGCUAAGAAGUCUGUGGGAGUUAUUGAUUCUCAUUCAAGUUCAUUAAAGUUUUUUUGGUUUCCUUUGUAUUAAUAACCUUGUGACCUUUUUGUGUAUUGAGAUCAAGAUUAUCUUGUUGAAAAGUUCUUUUGGGAAUUGGGCAAUUAAUAAUGAAUUUUUUGUUAUAAGAAUUAUUCAAAAAUUGGUGACUUUGACUUUUGGGAUGUGCUUUCACUCAAUUUUGCUGCCAAAUAAAUUGAUUAAGCGAAGUCUACCAUCCCUUCUCUGACCUUGUCGCCCCACCCAUAUGGUAAUAAACAUGUAGGCAGUUAAAAUUUGUGCAUUUGUAGGCUUAACCAAUGACACAAACACCUAUACUACGAUGGGAGUCUUUGACCCUCCCUAGUGUCUUACCAACAGAGUAUACCUGCUGUCCAGCACCAGCAGUAUUGAAUAAUGUGGACGGAAGUGCAACAGAGGAAAAAUGCAUUUUCCCUUGGCCUUCUUCUUUUCUUUCUUA